AUGGCCUUCUUCUGGAGCCCAUGGUGGUUUAUAUUCCUUUUUCUUUUUUUCUCCUUUGGCUUUCUUUUUCUUUUCUUUAAAUUUGUUUCUUCUUUUUCUUUCUCUUUAUAUAAAUCCAAUUCCUUUUGGGGGAAUCAUAAAAGACAAACAGCUCUAUUUUUAUGUGACCUGCACUCAUUCUCUGUGCCUCUCCAAUCAAACCCCACCCACCCUUUCUUCCUUGGGAAACAUAUCAACAUGGAAAGUGAUGCUGGGGAAAACUUGUUCAACACAUUCUUCUCCUCCUCCACAUCCAUGACCAUCUCCACCACCACCACCACCAUCACAUCAUCAUCAUCAUCAUCAUCAUCAUCUUCAUCAUCAGCAUCAUCUACCUCAAGCUCAAACUCAUGCACCAAGCAGGACUCCCAAACAAGUCCUCCAGAUGAUUCAACAACAGCUAAGAAUCAAAACACGCCAAAUAAGGAAUGCAAGAAAAGACAAAGAAAUGGUGAUGAUAACAAGCACCCCAGUUACAGGGGUGUGAGAAUGAGAGCAUGGGGCAAAUGGGUGUCUGAGAUACGUGAGCCUAGAAAGAAGUCGAGAAUAUGGCUUGGAACAUACCCUACAGCAGAAAUGGCAGCUAGAGCACACGAUGUGGCAGCUUUAGCCAUAAAGGGUCACUCGGCUUACCUCAAUUUCCCCAAUUUAGCUCAAGAUCUUCCAAGGCCCAUCACCACAUCUCCCAAGGACAUUCAAGCUGCAGCUGCGAAAGCAGCAACCACUUUCUUUGAUGAUGGCAAGCAUUGUGAAGCAGAAAAAGAUGAAAAAAACCAUGCAGAACAAGCUUCAUCUUCAACUCUAUGCAUGGAGAAUAUUGAGGCUGAGCAAGUUCAAGCAGAAGAAGCUUCACCUUCAACUCUAUCCAUGGACACUACUCAAGGGUCUUCAACUUCUCACUCUACUGCAGAUGACGACACACUGUUUGACCUUCCAGAUCUUUUCCCUGAUGGAAACAAUGGACUUUUUUACUCCUAUUCUUCUUCUUGGCGUUUAUGUGCUGCUGAUAGUGGAUUCAGGCUUGAAGAGCAAUUUUUGUGGGAGAAUUACUAGCAGUGCAUACUGUUGCAGAUUGUUCCAUUUUUAAAAAUAAUAAUAAUAAUAAUAAGAGAAAAAGACUGCAAAAUUGAGGUUUAAUCUUCCUGUUUACUGCAAUAGUGCAAUCUGAUGCUAGAAUACCACUUAGGGAAAAAGUUUACCCUUUAAUCUGUAAAUUGAUGUUGCCUACUGCUAUUUUUGUUUUGUUAUGGAUUAAAAUAUAAAGGGAAAAUUUUGACAAUU